AUGUAUUUCUCAACUCUCAUCGGUGUUAUCGUUAUCGCCGCUGGUCUGGCUUCGGCAUCCCCAGUGUCGCAAUUCAACCCAUCUAUCGUGGAACGACAAAACUGGCAAUCUUGCCCUGUCAAUGGACAACGGUGCACCAACAUAAACGGGGGCGUUGGUGGUUGUGUGUGCCGCCCCGAAGUUCGACAACUUGCUCCAUAUGACUCUAGAGCGGCCCUUCAAAGCAGCAAGGUCUCCAUGGUUUCGACAACGACCUACGAGCCGUUGCUUGCAACUCUCACGUUCACCCCUGGAGGCUUUCAACAAACCAAGGUUCUUUCCCUAGAACCCCAGACCACGCCAUUCACACCUCCCGACGGUGCCUGCUCUGCGGAUAUCCGAUGCCAGUAUAAGCCUGAGGAGUUGAGUUCCGGUGCCGAAUGUCUGGGAGACCAGGUAGUCGUGGAGACCAAGGCCACGCUGCCGACACAAUGUUUCCCAAAGAGCUACAACGAGAUUUGGCGACCGUCUGGGACGUUCAGCGACGUGGCGAGCAUGGCCUACCCAGGCACCGCAUGCAUCAGCGGCUGGACGACGGCUUGCACGACAACAUUGACCCUGGAGAGCGCCCAGACUUAUGUCCAGACUUGGUGCUGCCCCCCUGGCUCCUACACCUGCCUCACGCCUGGGCCGGGAGAGACCCCGUGGCGAGACUGCGUGAGCAUGCUUAGCACCAACACCGAAGUCUGGGUCAACAAUAGCGCGACUAGCGGUGGGGGCGAGAAGGUUCUCUGGAGCUCCUGGAGAAAGGUCUCUCUGACAAAUCUGCCGAGCUCCGGACCGCUCUCGGUCAAGCAUCCUGUCUUUCCGCUCUAUGGCCAGCCUGCCCCGCGGGGCAUAGAUGGUGCGGAGGGAGGCCUGUCGACGGGGGCUGUCGCAGGAAUCGCAGCAGGGGCGGUCGCUUUGGUCUUCGUCCUCCUCGGCGGCGGCAUCUGCAUCAUCUUUCGCAAACGAAGACAGAAGAGGGCCGUCCUGGCUGCUCGGAACCUUGCCGCCAACGACAACGAUGGGCGGGACUACAACGGACUAGGGUACGACACGAAACAAGAACUUCCUGGUCACGGCCUCGAGACGAGAGCGUUGAAGGUUGCUACACCCCCGCCCGUUGAGUUGGCUGCGUAA